AUGGGUUCAGAAAUACAAGGCGACGAUUGGGAUUUGCCAUGUUCAGACGAUGAGCUUUCUAAAAGUGGAAUAUUUAUUGGUAACAACUGGAUGCCCGAGCCGGCCGAGUUGGAAGAACUUUAUAAAAACAUUGAGAAGUCAGGAACUUUAAAUCUUGAAUGGAAGUGCCCGGGAAGAAGAGCUCCCUCACCGGUGCCAGUAAGCAAAGAACAUCAACCCGAGCUACCCGCGUCACCGAUACGAGAAGAAAAGUCAGAUUUCGACUUCAUGGAUGAAGUCAGUUCUUUACGUCUACGAGUACGGAGGGACGGGGAAGAUGCUCUGAGAGGUUCAGCCAAGAAGAAAACUACGUCGUUUGAUGGCAUACUGUCUAAUAUGAUACGGCAUAAACGUAUAGAACAGUUAGAAAAACAAGCCAUUACUCCAAACAAUAGUACGCCAUCCAGCAGUGGUAGUUGA